CUGUUGAGCUUCCAAAGUCAGUUCAGCUGAAAUUUUCAUUUUUUUUUCAUACUAUUGUUGGACAACAAAUUUGAAGUGGUGGAAAAGCGGUUGAAAGCGCAACAAACUGGAAAGUUUUUGGUCAAGAAAAUUCGCGGAGCUUUUGUGGGCCAACAUGCAAUGCCAAUAAACACACGGAAGGCAAAAGAAGGCCAGUGAUAGUCGGUUUUGUUAAAGCGCCGCGUCAACAACGUCAAUACUCGGGUGUACAACGACAUUUCGUGCUAUUUUUAACUGAUUUGCAUUGAUGUUGUGUGAGUGUUGAGCCAUUAGGUUUUGCUGAGUAUCCAAUUAUUAAGCAUAAGCGUAAGCAAAUCGUAAUACGGUGUUACCUCAACAAAAACACACUAGUGGCAGUCCCGCGACGAGUGCUUACGUGACGUCAUUUACAUAGUAACAUAUUCGAGCUGCUACAUGGAAUUUAAUAUAUGUACAUAUAAUUAAUUAUUACAAUAGCAAUAUAGUGCGCGCUUAAAAUUGUGAUACAAUCGAGCUUGCUUUACAAAGCAAAAAUCAAAACAGAAGCGUCCGCGUGUUCUAUUUUUAUUAUAAAAAAGUAUUUAAUUAAGUUACAAACACAAUGCAAGCCGACAAAUAUCAACUAGUGCGUUAUGCACGGACUUGUUUGCGCCUCUUCCAACCGCAGCAAUUGCAAACCAGCAAACAACAAAUACGAUUAUUGACACAAUUGGGAAACCAACGAAAUCAGUUCAAUUUUGUAGGUAGCACUACACUUGCCCACAACAUAGUAAACACCAAAUUUACUGCCAGCGCUACCAGCAUUGCCGGCAACUUUUUACAGCAGCGUUAUCAACAUGUCCACCUCCCACGACUCACUACUACUCCACUGCAAAGCAAGACACAAGACCGCCAGUAUAACUUCCGUCAGCCACAUACCAAUAUUUCCACGCAAGCUAUAACGCCGUUACGCGGCAAAUAUCCAACAGAUACCGUGCAUGAGCCUCUGUGCUCGGAACGCGCGCGUGAAUUGGUCUACAAUUUAAAGGAUUCUGAGCGUGAGGCUAUCAAACAGGCGAUGCUGAGGUAUGAUGCUGAACGUCAACGGGCGGGGUUUGAAGGCAAACUGGCAGCAACACAAUGGCGCACACGCUUCGGCCGCCUUUCGCAGGUGCCACGAUUGGGCGAAGUUGAUCCGACCGGAACAUUUUGUGCCUUUCCCGAGAACUGGCUCAAACAAAAAGCGGCGGCCAAGACUCCCCCACCCACAAUGUCGGAUCUGCGGCGAAUUUGCGUAGUGAACGCAGUGCCAUUCAUCGCUUUUGGUUUUCUGGACAAUUUCGUCAUGAUAGUUGCGGGCGACUCAAUCGAAAGCAUUUUUGGCGCCUUCAUGUGCAUCUCAACAAUGGCUGCCGCUGGUCUCGGCAACACUGUGAGCGAUAUACUCGGCAUCGGUUCGGCGUACUAUGUGGAACGUGGUUGCGAAAUGAUGGGCUUCCGUUUGCCCGACUUGACGCCAGUACAAAUGGAAAUGAAAUCCAGUCGGCACUCAGCCAAUUUGGGUCGAAUUGUUGGCAUAACAAUUGGUUGUCUGCUGGGCAUGGUGCCACUGCUCUUCAUAAAGAAGAAAGAACCAAGUGAAGCUGUCAAAUCCGACAAAUGUUAAGGCAACAAUUCUUCGUUUCAAUUUUUUUACAAAAAUUUCCGUAACGAAAUUAUAUUUAGUUUGAAGAUGCCUAUGUAUAUGUG